CUCUGCUUUAGUCUUAUCUUCAAAGAGGGCUGAGAGUUGAAAAAGAAGCGAGAAUCAAGAAUCAGAGGAUUGGAUGAAUAUUUUCUGUGAUGGGGUGUCCUGAAAAGAGGUUUGGAGAGAGACUUCUGGUGAGCUGAAGUUCUGGAAAAGGCCAAAGGUCUUUGGGUUAAGCAUGGUGACAGUGGGGGUCUUCGUUGCUUUGGUGUUAUGCAGUAUGCUGAUGAAAGCCAGAGCUCUGAUUGAUUCUGAUGAUGUCAUAACCAGAGAUGAGCAGAUCUUUCUUCUAAUUGGUGCACGGGCAAGAUGUGAGAGAAGAAUUCGUGCUCAGCUGGAUGUGGUCAAAGAGAAUUACUGUGUUCCUGAGUGGGAUGGGAUCAUCUGCUGGCCCACAGGAAAACCCAGUCAACUGGUUGCAGUUUUGUGUCCUGAAUACAUCUACGACUUCAACCACAGAGGACAUGCGUAUCGGCACUGUGAUGCAUCUGGUAACUGGGAGCGAGUGUCCACUAUUAACCGGACAUGGGCCAACUACACAGAAUGCACCACUUAUCUACAUACUAACCAUAGUGAUCAGGAGGAGGUCUUUGAGCGUCUUUACCUGAUGUACACUAUUGGAUACUCCAUAUCACUGGCAGCAUUACUUGUGGCUGUCUUUAUACUCUGCUAUUUCAAACGUCUUCAUUGCACCCGUAACUACAUCCACAUCCACUUGUUCACCUCAUUCAUAUGCCGAGCCAUCAGCAUAUUUGUGAAAGACGCUGUACUGUACAAUGUCACAGAUGGUGGCAAACUAGAAGAUGGAGCAGUUGAACACAGACCUUACAUGGUGGGCUGCAAGGUCGCUGUGACUCUCUUCCUGUAUCUCUUGGCAACCAAUCAUUAUUGGAUCCUGGUGGAGGGCCUGUACUUGCACAGUCUCAUCUUCAUGGCCUUUCUGUCUGAUAAGAACUGUCUGUGGGCUUUAACAAUCAUUGGCUGGGGGAUACCUGCAGUGUUUGUAUCCAUAUGGGUCAGUGCUCGAGUGUCGCUUGCAGAUACACAGUGCUGGGAUAUAAGCGCAGGCAAUCUCAAAUGGAUCUAUCAAGUACCAAUCCUGGCAGCCAUAGUUGUAAACUUCUUCCUCUUCCUCAAUAUCAUCAGAGUUUUGGCCUCUAAGUUGUGGGAAACAAACACCGGAAAACUGGACCCUAGACAGCAAUACAGGAAGCUGCUGAAGUCAACGCUGGUGCUGAUGCCACUGUUUGGAGUUCAUUAUAUGCUGUUUAUGGCUCUGCCAUAUACUGACGUCACUGGUGUGCUGUGGCAGAUUCAGAUGCAUUAUGAGAUGCUGUUCAACUCUUCACAGGGUUUCUUUGUUGCCUUUAUUUACUGCUUCUGCAAUGGGGAGGUGCAGGCAGAGGUCAAGAAGGCGUGGCUAAGACGCAGUCUCACACUAGACCUGAAGCAGAAGCCGCGUGUAAGCAGCAGUGCAGGUGGUGCAAGUGGCUACUAUGGAGGCAUGAUGUCUCACACCACCACACAUAGCAUUUGCCACAGUGUUAGUGGUACUAAAGGACUGCCUCUGGGGACUGUGGGCCUGGGGGGCAAAAGUAAGUCCCGUCUGCAUCCCUCAGGAAACUUUGCUGGCUACACACACAAUGACACUGAGGCUGUGUUUUUUACAGUGCAUCAUGAGCUUUUGAGGCGGGCUGAUGGGAAAGUGUCUCCGUGUGAUCACACCAACAGGAAUGUGGAAGAAAGUGAACAUGAUGUUGAGCCUUAUUUUGUAGCAGAUGAGGAAAAUUCUGGUUCACUGUCUUGGAAAGAAUUGGAGACUAUGCUUUAAUGGACUCCUCCUGUGUAAAUAACAUUAAGAAAACAUUUGAUGGAUAUUAAAGGAAUAGUUCACCCAAAGGUGAGAAUUCUGUCACUAUUUACUCACCCUUAUCUCACUCCAAACCAGCAUGACUUACUUUCUUCCUUGGAAUACAAAAUAUUUUUUUUUUUUAAAAAUCAUCACACAGCUUUUGCUGAACCUGUAUGUGCCUACACAUCAUCACA